AUGUGGCGCAUGCGUGGUGGCACCACCAGGCGCGGGAGCUGCGGCGGUGGGGACGGCGGUGGGGACAGCCGCGGGCAGGGCCGUCCCGGCCGGGCUCGUGGGGGUGGCGGCAUCGGCGGCGGCGUGGGCUGGCGAGGCCGUGCGGGCGGCGCCCGACAGCAGCUGGAGGAGCGGUUCGCCGACCUGGCUGCGAGCCACCUGGAGGCCAUCCGCGCGCGGGACGAGCGGGACCGCCAGAACGCGCGGCUGCGCGAAGAGAACGCCCGGCUGCGGCUUGAAAACCGGCGGCUGAAGCGCGAGAACCGCAGUCUCUUCCGUCAGGCUUUGCGGCUUCCCGGCGAGGCUAGCGACGGGGCGGCCGCAGAGGCGGCCAGGGCCACCCCGGGCCCCGAGGAGGCCAGCACGAACCCGAGGGCGAGAGGCAGCGGCCUCGAGGACGAGCCAGGCAGCCCCAGGGCCCUGAGGGCCCGGCUCGAGAAGCUGGAGGCCAUGUACCGCCGGGCCCUGCUGCAGCUGCACCUCGAGCAGCGGGGGCCGCGCCCGCGUGGCGAUAAGGAUGAGCCGCCUUUGCGCGCACCCGAGUCAGGCCUGCGCGCCCCGGACUCAGAGCCCUCCGAGCCCUGGCUGUAGCCCGAGGCCGCGGCCGGGGAGAGGCGGGGCCUCGCGC